GCCAGCCCAGCUCCACGAGGACUGAACAAGGUGCUGUCCCACUGCCACCAUGCCGGAAGUCGAGAGAAAACCCAAGAUCACUGCCUCCCGCAAACUCUUGCUGAAGAGCCUGAUGCUGGCCAAGGCCAAGGAAUGCUGGGAGCAGGAGCAUGAGGAGCGCGAGGCUGAGAAGGUGCGCUACCUGGCAGAGCGCAUCCCCACACUGCAGACGCGUGGCCUGUCCCUCAGUGCCCUGCAGGACCUGUGCCGGGAGCUGCAUGCCAAGGUAGAGGUGGUGGAUGAGGAGCGAUACGACAUUGAGGCCAAAUGUCUCCACAACACCAGGGAGAUUAAGGACCUGAAGCUGAAGGUGAUGGACCUCCGUGGGAAGUUCAAGCGCCCGCCCCUGCGUCGGGUCCGUGUCUCGGCUGAUGCCAUGCUCCGGGCCCUGCUGGGUUCCAAGCACAAGGUGUCCAUGGAUCUGCGGGCCAACCUCAAGUCUGUGAAGAAGGAAGACACAGAGAAGGAGCGGCCUGUGGAGGUGGGUGACUGGAGGAAGAAUGUGGAGGCCAUGUCUGGCAUGGAAGGCCGGAAGAAGAUGUUUGAUGCUGCCAAGUCUCCGACCUCACAAUAGAGGCCAGCUUGCUGUGCUGCGCUCUGAGCUCCUGCUUCAUGCUUCUUCUCCAACCCAGCUCACUCACUUCUCUGCCCGUGUCUGGAGCAUCCCUUCCCACCUCCCCCCUCACUUCUUCCCUCCAGCCUGCAUGCCCUCCUCUGGAACUGGGAUUAAAGAGAUAUCCAAGAGGCAGGACAAACGAGAGUGUCUGAAGACCUCACCCCAGCAGGGUGGGCUCCCACCCAUCCAUGAGGCACUUGGGGCUUCCCAGCUACCCUGUGGUGUAACAGGUGAAGGACGAGGAGGGAGUGAGAGCACCUUUCCUCUAGCCCUGUGCCACACCCCUUCUAUGUGUGUACAGUGUCCACAGCCAUCUUCAUUAAAAACCCAGUUUCC